AUGCUGUCCGCAUUUACAGCUCGACCGAUCAUCGAGCUCAAGCAACGGGACAAGUCUAAGAUCGAGUCCAUCCUUGCCUACGGCGACCGUGUUCUCGUUGGGCUUAACACAGGCUCCCUGCGCAUUUAUCGAGUUAAUGAGCCCACCACUCCACCCGACACGAAGCGCGACACGGGGCCCGACUCGAAGUCCGCCAACAGCACAUUAGCCGCCCAGGUGCAAGUCGAAGGCACCGGUCUUGCCAGCUCUACCGAUCCUGCUAGUCCUACUCCCGUAACCUCUCAGGAUGGCCAGCCACCGCCCGUGCCCAAGGCGGCUAAGCCGACCGACCUCCUGCGAGAGGUAGAGAAGUUCUCGACGCGCGCCAUCGAACAACUGGCCAUAAUAAAAGAGGCCAACAUCCUCGUAUCGCUCUCCAACUACGCCAUUUCCAUCCACGACUCCCAGACCUUCGAGCCCAUCGAGGCCCCGCUGGCCCGUACCAAGAACGCCUCCACGUUUGCCGUGACGAGCAACGUCGUCGAAGACCCGGACACGGGCAUCCCCGAGAUCAUUUCGCGGCUUGCCGUUUCUGUCAAGCGCCGUCUCUUGCUAUGGUCAUGGCACGAGAGCGAGCUGUCACCGGAUGUGGCAGAGAUUAUGCUGGCCGAGUCCAUUAGAUCCAUCACUUGGGCGAAUGCGACCAAGGUCGUCUGCGGCAUGAACAGUGGAUACGUCAUGGUUGAUGUGGAGACUGGCAGUGUCGAGGAUAUUGUUGGACCUGGGGCUAUUGGGAACGCGGCUGGUGGGCAAGGGCGUUUUGGCGCCGUGGGCGCUGCCAGCAUGGGGUACAUGGGCCUUGGUGGUUACAUGCCAAAACCGCUAUCGGCCAAACUGGCGGAAGGGGAGCUCCUCCUCGCGAAGGAUAUCAACACCCUGUUUAUCGACGACUCGGGGAAGGCACUCGAGAAGCGCCAGAUUCCAUGGCAGGCGGCGCCAGAGGGGAUUGGGUACAGCUACCCUUACAUAUUAGCGCUCCAACCGCCUGCGAAAGGGAGCCUCGAGGUCCGGAACCCCGAUACCCUGAGUUUGUUACAAACCAUCAGUCUCCCUGGUGCCGCAUCACUUCAUUUCCCGCCGCCGACCGUGAGUUUGGCACACGCCGGCAAAGGAUUCCAUGUCUUGAGCGAGAGGGUGGUGUGGAGGAUGGACGCCACGGACUACGACUCCCAGAUCGAUGAGCUAGUUAAGAACGGCAGACUCGACGAGGCAAUCAGCAUCCUAGGCAUGCUAGAAGAUGCGCUGCUCAAAAACAAGACGGCAACGUUGCGGGAAGUCAAGAUGCAAAAAGCAGAGCUCUUGUUUCGCCAAAAGAAGUACCGCGACUCAAUGGAUCUGUUCAAUGAGGACGAAGUCGAUGCCCCGCCGGAACGGGUACUCAGGCUGUUUCCCAAGAUUAUCGCUGGAGAGCUAGGAGUCGAGGAAGAGAAGCAGGACGAUUCCGAGCACGACAGUGCCAACGGGAAAGGGAGCGAAGACCAAGAGACAAAACCCGAUAUCGCAGCCGAAGUGGCCUCGCCCACGAGAGCCGGCGGUGGGUUUGCUAAAUACCUCAUGGGCACCCGGAAACUCAACCCCGAGACAGCCAGCAUCGCCUCUUCCAAGAAGGGUUCCGACGACGAGACAGCAAGCAUCAAGGGCAAACCAAAGGACGAACAGGCCCAGGCCGAGAAAGACCUGAUGGCUGCUGUCCUGGGGCUCAACAGCUACCUCGCCGGCGCCCGCACACGACUCCAACGCGUCCUCGACCCAACCACAGGUAAACUUAAACCCCGGAAGUCGGAAUCCGGCUCCACCGAAGACGCCUUCAAGACCCUCCUCCUCUCGUCCUCAGAUGAGAGCGAUGAGCAGCUCGAGCGCGACCUACAGUCGACUUUCCGGGUGCUCGACACGACCCUAUUCCGCGCCUUCAUGUACUCGCGCCCGACGCUGGCCAGCUCGCUGUUCCGCAUCCCCAACUUCUGCGACCCGGAAGUCGUCAACGAGCGCCUGGUCGAGCACAACCGCUUCAAUGAGCUCGUCGACUUCUUCUACGGCAAGAAGCUGCACCACCAGGCCCUGAGCCUGCUUCGCCGCUUUGGAAGCCCCGACGAGCCCGACGACGCCGCCCCGGGCCUGCACGGUCCCCAGCGGACUGUCAUGUAUCUGCAGGGCCUGCCGCCCGAGAUGAUUGAUGUGAUUCUGGAGUUCUCUGAGUGGACGCUCAGGAAAGACCCGGAACUGGGCAUGGAGGUAUUCCUUGCCGAUUCUGAAAAUGCCGAGACACUACCGAGAGAUAAAGUUUUGGCUUUUCUGGAUGGCGUUGAUAUUGGGCUGGAGAUCCAAUACUUAGAACAUAUCAUCAACGAGCUGAAUGACAUGACGCCCGACUUCCAUGAUCUGCUAAUGCAGGACUACGCCAAAGCCGAAGAAUAUUGCAACCAAAUCCACAAAACCCAACAAUCACCCCCUCAACCCCCCACCCCAGCACCCCAACAAGCCAACCCCUCCCACCAACCGCCCACCACAACUGAAGAAAAGCCUUCCAUCUACCACACCCUCCUCUCCCUCUACCUGACGCCCCCACCAGAAUACAGCGCCAACCUCGCCCCGGCCCUCGACCUCCUCUCCAAACACGGCUCGCGCCUCCCAGCCACAUCCACCCUAUCCCUCGUGCCCGACAAGCUCCCCGUCGGGCAGCUGGAGUCGUACUUCCGGGGCCGCAUGCGCAGCGCCAACAGCGCGGUCAACGAGACACGCGUGCUGGCUGGCCUGCGCAGGACGGCUCUGCUUGCCAGUCAGGAGCUGCUGUUCCUCGGCGACGGCGUCCCCGGCGCGCAGGGCGGUGGUCGUAACCGGCGCGUGGGUGAUUUCGGAGGAGCGGGUGUGUGGCGUGUGUCAUAA